AUGGGAGAGAUAGAGGGGACGUACAGAGUUCUGCAGACCCCAGGCUCUCGUUUGGGUGCCCAGAAGACUGCAGGAGUGAGCACUUUGGAGCCAGGGCAGAACCUCUCCACUGCCAUGGCCCUGUCGCCUGCCAAAGUGCACGAGCGCGACCUGCCCGUCAGAAUCAAGAUGUUGGACAACACGGUGGAAGUGCUUGACAUUGAGUCGAAAUACUAUGGCCAGACAUUACUGACAGAGGUUUACAAGCACCUGAAUCUGAUCGAGUCGGAUUACUUCGGCAUCGAGUUCCAGAACGUGCAGUCGUACUGGAUUUGGCUGGAGCCUAUGAAACCUGUUAUUAAACAAGUACGGAGACCGAAGACUACAAUGCUUCGUCUAGCUGUGAAGUUCUUCCCUCCAGACCCAGGUCAGCUGCAAGAGGAAUAUACGAGGUACCUGUUUGCCUUGCAAAUCAAGAGGGACCUGGCAGAGGAGCGUCUGACCUGCAGCGACAACACGGCGGCUCUGCUGGUCUCACACCUGCUGCAGUCUGAAAUAGGAGAUUUUGAUGAAACAGAGGAUCGAGAACACCUUAAGACAAACCAGUAUUUGCCAAACCAGGAGAAAAUUGAAGGAAAGAUCCUUGAGUUCCACAGGAAGCAUGUGGGUCAAACUCCGGCUGAAUCCGACUUUCAAGUGCUUGAGAUCGCUCGGAAACUGGAGAUGUAUGGCAUCAGGUUCCACCUUGCCUCCGACCGCGAGGGGACCAAAAUCCACCUGGCGGUGUCGCACAUGGGCGUGCUGGUGUUCCAGGGUAACACGAAAAUCAACACCUUCAACUGGUCCAAGGUCCGUAAACUGAGCUUCAAGAGGAAAAGAUUCCUUAUUAAGCUCCACCCAGAGGUCUGUGGCCCCUAUCAAGAUACAUUGGAGUUUCUUUUGGGAAGUAGAGAUGAGUGUAAAAACUUCUGGAAAAUCUGUGUGGAGUAUCACACAUUCUUCAGGCUCUUUGAUCAGCCAAAGCCAAAGGCUAAAGCAGUGUUCUUCACCAGAGGGUCCUCGUUCAGAUACAGUGGCCGAACACAGAAGCAACUGGUGGAUUAUAUUAAGGACAGUGGGAUGAAGAGAACCCCAUAUGAGAGGAGGCACAGCAAGGUCAGAGCGUCCACGCGCGCCUCGAACACGGAUGUGCCAAAACAGAGCGUCCCAUUCACGGAGGGCCUGAGAGCCCCAGGGUCUCCUGCCUCAGCAGCUGCCCCGCUCCGCUCGCUCCGUUCCUCGCCCGGUGCCGUGCCCAUCCUGCCCCUGUUCGCCGACUCCAGCGCUGCCUCCCUGGACUCACGCGUGCCGUGCGCCAGGGCUCCGGACACCGCUGCUCCAGCGGAGGACGUGGGGAGGAAGCUGAUGCAGCAGCCUGGAUCUCCUGUGCUCCAAGGUGUUGGGUUUGGUAGUGUUGCAGGGAACUGUAACCCGCCGUGUCCUGUUGUGGAGAGGGGUCGUGGUGCAGGUGCAGAGGUAGAGAGGAGCGGUCGGGGGGGCAGGGGCACUGGCUGUGCCAAUGACAAUGAUGAGGAUGACUUCGCCGCAGGUGUGUUCUCUGCUGAGCAGGAGCAGCAGCACAGCAGCCGGGGGGGCCCUGUCUUCUCUCUGACCAGUUCACAGCUGCAGGUGUCAGAGGAGUUCAUAGAUGAUGACCCAGCAGAAAUGUCCUUUUUUGCUGGGGGCUCUGAGGCGUUUUCCUUUGUGUACGGUGGGUUAGAGCUGCAGGGUUCCGAGUUCUUCAAAGGCAUGUCAGAGUCUCCUGGCUUGACUGCAGAAGCUCUGCAGCAGAGCGCAGCCUCGGCGCAGUCCAGCCCCGACAGGUACUCCACCGAGGCUGUGGAUAUGAACACAGAAGAGGAGUUUGAAUUCGAGGAGGGGAGUGAUUUCAAUGGCAACGAGAGGCCGUCGGACACCUCAGAGCUGUUUGAGGUGAAGGCCCAAGCCAGCAGGAUGCAGAGCCUCCUGAGCCCCUCCGAAACAAGCUCCCUCCUCAACAACCGCUCGGAGAGCAGCUCCCUGAACAACCUGAACGGCGCGGCGCUGCCCGCCUACGGCUCCACCAACCACUCCGAGGCCAGCUCCAUGGUCAACUUCCCUGCCUACUCCGUGCGCUCCGAGUCCAGCUCCGCCCUGCAGUUCACAGACAUCAUCGACCAGCUGGAGCAGCUGAGCUACCCUCCUACUACCACGGAGGACUCCAGCAGCACGGACACGGACUCCUGGGACUCUGGAACCGCGCCACCUCUGGAUGUAAACCUCUUCUUUAGCAACCCUUUUGCUCAAGCCGCUGGGGAUAACUUUGCCUUUGACUUCCAGAACAAUUUGAAAAAUCUCACUCAAGAAGACUGGACAGAGAAUCUGGACAUGAUGAGCCUGCCCUUUGGGGCUGGCUGGUUGCCUCGGGCAGGCCUCCCUGUGGACCAUCCCCAGCUCUCCUCCCUCGUGCUGAAGAGUCCCCUGGGCUUGGCCCCAGCCUUUCAGGUGAACUCGAGUGCAGCUGCCCAGGGCUCAUCCCCUCUGCUGAGUCCUGUCCUCAGCGACGCUGGCGGCGCCAGGGUGGAAGAGGAGGACGAAAUGAGACGGAAGCGCUGCCCCACGGACAAGGCCUACUUCAUAGCCAAGGAGAUUCUGGCCACAGAGAGGACCUAUUUAAAGGACUUGGAAGUUAUCACAGUGUGGUUCCGCAGCGCGGUGCUCAAGGAGAAUGCCAUGCCAGAGGGUCUCAUGACGCUGCUCUUCUCCAACAUAGACCCCAUCUACGAGUUCCACCGAGGCUUCCUGAAGGAGAUUGAGCAGAGGCUGUCUCUCUGGGAAGGCAGAAGCAAUGCCCACGGGAGAGGAGAUCACCAGCGCAUCGGAGACGUCAUGCUCAGGAACAUGCGAACUUUAAAGGAGUUCACCAGCUACCUGCAGAAGCACGACGAGGUCCUGACGGAACUGGAGAAAGCCACCAAACGCCUCAAGAGGCUGGAGAUGGUUUAUAAGGAGUUUGAGCUGCAGAAGGUUUGCUACUUGCCCCUCAACACCUUUCUGCUCAAACCCAUCCAGAGACUGAUGCACUACAAGCUGAUCCUGGGAAGGCUGUGCAAGCACUACACGGCGGAGCACCGGGACUUCGCCGACUGCCGCAAUGCGCUGAAGGAAGUCACAGAAAUGACAUCACAGCUGCAGAACAGCCUCAUCCGCCUGGAGAACUUCCAGAAGCUAACAGAGCUGCAGCAUGACCUGAUUGGGAUAGACAACCUCACAGCACCUGGCAGGGAGUUUAUCCGGGAAGGUUGCUUGUACAAGCUCACUAAGAAGGGUUUGCAGCAGAGGAUGUUCUUUCUGUUCUCAGAUAUGUUACUGUACACAAGCAAAGGGGUCACAGGGACAAACCAGUUCAAGAUCCAUGGACACCUCUCUCUGCAUGGCAUGUUGGUGGAGGAGAGUGAGAAUGAAUGGGCUGUCCCACACUGCUUCACCAUCUACUCUGCACAGAAAACCAUCGUGGUGGCCGCCAGCACCCGUCUGGAGAUGGGGAAGUGGAUGGAAGACCUGAACGUGGCAAUUGAAAUGGCCAAGAAAUCUACUGAGAAAUCCGAGAUGCUUCUGGAAAACUCUGUGUGCAACCGCUCCAACAGAUCCUCUGAUGAGGUCUCUCUAGAACAGGAGUCCGAAGAUGACAUACACUCCUCUCGUAGCUCCCUGGACAGGCAGAGCCACCACCGUGCCAACACCACCAUGCACGUGUGCUGGUACCGCAACACCAGCGUCUCCAUGGCCGACCACAGUGUGGCCGUCGAGAACCAGCUCUCUGGGUACUUGCUGAGGAAGUUCAAGAACAGCAAUGGCUGGCAGAAACUGUGGGUUGUCUUCACCAAUUUCUGCUUGUUCUUCUACAAAACGCACCAGGACGACUACCCCUUGGCCAGCCUCCCGCUGCUGGGCUACGCCGUCAGCGCGCCCGCCGAGGCUGACAGGAUCCAGAAGGACUACGUCUUCAAGCUGCAGUUCAAGUCCCACGUGUAUUUCUUCAGGGCUGAGAGCAAAUACACCUUCGAGAGGUGGAUGGAGGUGAUCAAGAGAGCCACGAGCUCUCCGGCCAGGUCGAGCCUGCUGCUGCCCAGGGAGGAGAAGGACAGUCACUCGGACUGA